ACCACCUCACAAGUCACGCGCGCCUAUCCCUCCCCGCGCUCGCGCACGUGAGGCGAGCAGGCGGCCGGCCAGCGCCCGCCCCCCAUCCUCUCCACCUCCGCCAUGGCGUUCGCGCUCAAGGCCGCCUCCACCGCGACCGCCGGGUCGGCGUCGCUCGCCGCCGUGGGGCCCAGGAGGGGCGCCGCGCCGGCCGCCGGGAGGGUCUCGUUCCGGGGCGCGGCGCCCGCCGGGCCCGCGGUCGCCGUCAGGGCGGCGGCGGCGGCGGCUGCCGCCGUGGCGCAGGACAGGCGCAGCAUCUCGGGGAAAUUCGCCGAGCUCAGGGAGCAGGGGAAGGGUAGUGCGAUUUUGCGCCGAGUGAGAUUCGAUGGCGACAUGGCGUGGCACAGGACUGCCCUCAUCCCCUUCAUCGUUGCUGGUGACCCUGACUUGGCCACCACAGCGAAGGCACUCAAGAUCCUUGACGCGUGUGGUUCGGACGUGAUUGAAUUGGGCGUGCCUUACUCAGAUCCAUUGGCUGAUGGCCCUGUUAUUCAGGCCUCCGCAACACGUGCGCUAGCAAAAGGCACCACGUUUGAUGAUGUAAUCUCCAUGGUUAAGGAGGUGACACCUGAGCUGUCCUGCCCUGUAUCACUUUUCACAUAUUAUAACCCGAUUCUGAAGCGUGGAAUCCCAAACUUCAUGACUAUUGUUAAGGAAGCUGGUUUACGCGGCCUUGUGGUACCUGAUGUUCCUUUGGAAGAGACAGAAUUUUUGAGGAGCGAGGCUGCUAAGAACAACCUUGAGCUGGUGCUACUGACAACACCAACUACACCAAAUGAAAGAAUGGAGAAAAUCACACAGGCUUCAGAAGGAUUUAUUUAUCUUGUAAGCGCUGUUGGAGUUACCGGUACACGUACGAAUGUAAGCGGCAAGGUGCAAUCUCUUCUUCAGGAUAUCAAGAAGGUCACAGAAAAGCCCGUGGCGGUUGGCUUUGGUGUGUCAACUGCUGAGCAUGUGAAGCAGAUCGCAGGUUGGGGCGCAGAUGGUGUGAUCGUUGGUAGCGCAAUGGUUAGGCUAUUGGGGGAAUCUGCUUCUCCUGAAGAAGGAUUGAAGAUGCUAGAAGAGUUGGCCAAGAACCUGAAGUCUGCAUUGGAAUGAACCAACCAUUUUCUUGAGAACACUUAAAAGAUUUCUUCUUUUUUUUCAGUUUAGGAUUGCAGGGUUGUUCUUUUGUAGCGAAAAUAAUUAUAUCCUUAUGUUGAAUGCUCAAUUGAAUAAAGUAAGAUCAUUGUAUUAAAAGCGCAGAA